AUGGGAUCUCACGGCUCCCACUACGAAAGAGAGGCCGAAUUGGACUUGAUCCUAGAGGAGACCGGCUGUGAGUGGGACUGCUGCGGACCCGAGUGUCCGAGGCUCCUGGCCUUCCCAGCUCCCUGCGGCCGGAGUCCCCAGCGGCUGAAGGGGACUGGCGCGGGAGGGGGGCGGGAUGGCCUCUUGGUCUCUCUGGUCACCUUCCCCGAAGGCUUUGGUGGGAGUGGGGCGCGGGCUGAGAGGGGGAAGCGGCUUUGGUUUCCUGAGUCGAGAAUUCUGAGCCUUGAGUCUCUUUGGGUCACUCUGAUCCUCUCCCGACCCCCAGCACCCAGCUCUGAUUGUCUACCCUCUUCUCACUCUCCAGUCUCUCGGGCCAACCUCAGUGGCCUUCAUCAGCGCUUCCAGUACUUGGACAAGAAUAAAAACGGCUUCUUGAGUCAGAUGGAUCUACACAAUAUAAAAGAACUUGAAAGGAACCCACUGACAGAUCGGAUCAUCAACAGCUUUUUCCCAGAUGGGUUUGGGAGGGAUAACAUGAUUCUUUCAUUCGGGGGUCAGUGUGUGGAUUUCUGAGGUUUUGUCUGGGUCCUGGCCCAUUUUCGACCCUUGGAAAAUGAGGACUCAACUGCUGGGGACCCCCAGAAGCCUAAGCCCCUAAACAGCCAGAACAACAAACUGCACUUUGCUUUUCAGCUCUAUGACCUAGACUGUGAUGGAAAGAUCUCAAAGAAAGAGAUGUUACAGGUCUUGAGGUUGAUAGUUGGGGUCGAGGUGACAGAUGAGCAGUUGGAGGUCAUUGCAUCCCGGACGGUGCAAGAAGCUGAUGAGGAUGGGGGUGGAGCUGUGUCCUUUGAGGAGUUUACCAGGUCCUUAGACAAGAUGAACGUCGGACACAAAAUGAGCAUACGGAUCCUGAAGUGACUUCCUUCUCCAGGAGGCAUCUUCCCCACUCUAGAGGAAUCCAUUUCCAACCCCCUGAAGUAUUCCUUUCCAUUUCAGGGGUGCACCCCUCCCUAUUCCUGGUAGAAUCUACUUUCUGGCCCUGGAGGGAUCUGCCACCAGACCUGGAAGAAUCCAUCUCCAAAGGGCUAUGCCUCUUUCCUUUUAGAGGGAUCCUGAAAAUCUUGUGGGGUUCUUCUGUUCCUGGAGGGAUACACUCCCCCCACCUGAAUUAAUUUAGCCCAAUCUAGAGAAUCCAUGCUGCAUCAUGGAAGGAACACACUCUUCCUUCCUGAAAGGCUCCACCUCACAGGGUCUUCAUUUCCAGAAGGGUUCCCCCCCACCUUCCCAUAGGGUUCUCAGCACCUCACUUAGCAGGAGGAAUAUUCCCCACUCCCCAUCACAUAGACUGAGUUGCUUUCAAGUCCCCCUCCCCAACUCUCCACCUUGCCCACCAGUUAGGUCAUUUAAUCAGUAAGUUUGGAGGACCCCCAGUCAGUAUUUGUGUAUGGCUCAAUAAACCCUAAAUGUUUCCCUGGAGUGGAAUCAAUCACAGAAUGAAAAGGGGUCUGGGUGGGGGCUCUGUUCUUUGUUAUCUUCCCCACAGUCAUCCUUGCCCAUCUCAGAGAGAGACCCAGCAGCUGGAAGCUGAGGGAGGACAGAUAGACAGACACAUGCAGAGAGGACAGACCUCAGGGGAGUACA